CACAUGUGAAGAUAAUAGAAGCGAUAAGAUACCCUUUAUCACAAAGUUUAGCCACAUGUAAGUUGCCUACUACGGGAGAGCUCUAACAUGGGAGAAAAAAUGUUAGAGAUGCUAGAAAUUGGACCCUGUGAUAAUCCCUACCAGAUGGGAUUCUUAACAGGGCAGAGGUUUUCUAAAAAGAUUAGAAGCAGGUUAUCUACCGACCUCGUUCUUCAAAAUCAGCUCCUUCCUUUUGCUAAAACACCAGAAUCACAGGCACUGAUUAAAGCACUCACCAUUAACAACCAAAAGAAAUUUCCAAAAUACUGGGAUGAGCUAUUAGGGACUGCAGAAGGAAGUGGAGUGCCAGUUCUUUAUGUAAUGAUCAUCAUUCAGAUGAUAUUAAUCAACUUCAGAAAGGAGAUUCUUCCGUUUCUUCCAAAGAGCACUGCGGCAAAUUCAAAUGUAGACACCAGCCUUUACAACACGCCGGAUGACUGUUCAGAUGUUCUUGUUGUUAGUGAUUCUAUGGCCAUUGCAGCACAUAAUGAAGAUGCAAAUGUUGCCCUAAUUGGCCACACGUAUAUAAUCAAGGCAACUUUGCCAAAUGGGUUAUCCUUUGUUGGCUACACAUAUGCAGGAGAGCUUCCAAGCUGUGCGUUUGGGUUCAACAGCAAUGGACUGGCAUUUACGCUAAACUCAGUGCCCCCAUCUGAAGCUGAGAUUGUCGCUGGUGGGAUUGGACGGAAUUUCAUCUCACGAGACCUCCUGGAAGCAACAAGCAUCGAUGAUGCGUUGAGUAAAAUACAAUCUUCAGAAGUUUCUGUAGGGCACAGUUAUAAUCUUAUUAACAUAGGAACUCGGAGGAUUUUGAAUGUUGAGACCGCAUCUAGGAAUCGAGUUUCUGUUCAUGAAGUUGGGGCAACACCAUUCUUCCAUGCAAACAUGUAUCUCCACCUUCAAGUUGAGCAGGUCGAAGAUGAUAACUCGAAGAGCAGGCAAGAAAGAGCAGCUGUGCUACCGAAAAGAUCAAGAGAUGAUUUCCUGUCACUUCUUGGGGACACGGAUCAUAAAAGAUACCCAAUUUACAUGACAGGUCCAACACUAUACACUCUAUGCACAGCUAUGAUUGAUCUGGACGACAAAACACUAUCAAUUAUUGAAGGAAAUCCAAAGAACGGAAAAGUUGCCUACAUUUUCUCCACGUCCUCAAAAGAGCUAAGUCACAGAAAGAUCAACCAGUAUUACUGAAGUUGAUGUAGAAAUCACUUGAAUCUGAAGAUCUUAUGCAGUAAUUUUCACCCAGAGCC